CUUGCGGUUGCCUUUGCUAACAGAGUCCGGAGGUGGUGGUGAAGCGGACAGCUGAGUUUGUCCUUGAUAUGACUAUCCUGAGGUUUUCCAUGUUUAUUCCCGGUGUACUCAAACACUUCACCGCGUCCAGCUGUCAAAAAUGUUGAGCCUUUUUGUCCGAGCUGUGCUGCGACCACGUUUAGUGAAGCCGUGUCGACUGUCAAAACCAGUAACACAGAUCCCAGACAGAUCUCUGGCUCAUCAGGAGGGUUUGCCAAAGAUGCCUGUGCCGCCCUUGAAGCAGACAUUUGAGUACUACCUGGCUUCACUGGAGCCCAUUGUAAGUGAAGAGGAGCUGGAAAAUACCCGCAAACUGGUUGAUGAAUUCCUCAAAGGUGGUGUUGGAGAAAGGCUGCAGAAAGGUCUAGAGCGGCGUGCACGAAAGACAGACAACUGGCUGUCAGAAUGGUGGAUGCAGUUUGGUUAUCUGGAUUCUCGGAUGCCAGUGGCUGUCUAUACCAGCCCAGGGGUUGUUCUGCCCCGAAUGCAUUUCCAAGAUAGCCAAGGACAGAUGAGGUUUGCUGCUAAAUUGAUUGCAGGAGUAUUGGAGUUUAAAGUCAUGAUUGACAAUGACACCUUGCCUGUGGAGUACUUAGGUGGGAAGCCACUGUGUAUGGACCAGUACUACAAGAUCUUGUGCACGUGUCGCAUCCCUGGACCAAGGAGAGAUACCGUUGUAAAUUAUGCCACAGGAAAAACCUGUCCAACUCACAUCACUGUGGUCCAUAAUUUCCAGUUUUUUGUCUUGCAUGUGUACAACAGCGAUGGGUCCCUGUUGACAGUGGAUCAGAUUUACACGCAACUGGAGAAAAUCUGGAACUCUUCACUGCAGACCAAUAAGGAGCCGAUUGGUAUUCUGACAUCACACCAUCGCAACACUUGGGGAAAGGCUUAUAACAACCUGAUCAAGGAUAAGACUAAUAAAGAUUCAGUGCGUGCCAUCCAGAAGAGCAUCUUCAUGGUUUGUUUGGACGCCCCAAUGCCUCGGGUGUCUGAUGAGCUGUACCAGAGUCAGGUGGUUGCUCAGAUCCUGCAUGGAGGAGGAGCUCGCUUGAACAGCGGAAACCGUUGGUUCGAUAAGACGUUGCAGUUCAUCAUUGGUGAAGAUGGAACAUGUGGCCUGGUGUACGAGCAUGCGCCUGCUGAAGGUCCACCCAUUGUUUUCCUCAUCGAUUACGUCGUUAAAUACAUGCAGAAGACUGAAAUAGUCCGCUCCCCUAUGGUUCCACUGUCCAUGCCUCCGAAACUGCGUUUUAACAUUACACCAGAGAUUAAGAAGGAUAUUGAAAAUGCCAAACAGAACAUGACCAUAAUGGUGCACGACUUGGAUGUGAAAGUGCUUAUGUUUUCACAUUUUGGAAAAAAUGUGCCAAAGCAGCACAACUUGAGUCCUGACGCCUUUGUGCAAAUGGCUUUUCAACUUGCAUAUUUCAGGAUGAAUAAUAUGUGCUGCUCUACCUAUGAGACGGCAUCACUACGAAUAUUUAAAUAUGGUCGAACAGACGGAAUCCGUGUAACAACCAUGGACUCUGUUAGAUUUGUCCAAGCCAUGGGAGAUUCAGCUAAACAGAACUCGGAGAAGGUGGCACUGCUGCAGAAGGCUGUUCAGACCCAUAAGGAGAAAGCAUAUAAGGCAAUUCACGGACAGGCCAUUGACAGACACCUCCUCGGUUUGAAGAUGCAGAGUAUUGUAGACCUAACCUCCAUGCCAGAGAUAUUCAUGGAUACCUCUUAUGCUGUAGCUCAACAUUACAAUCUCUACACCAGUCAGGUUGGCUCUAAGACAGACUGCGUAAUGUGUCUUGGUCCGCUGGUGCCAGAUGGCUACGGAGUCUGUUACAAUCCCAUGGAUGAGCACAUCAACAUCGCCAUCACGGCCUUCAACAGCUGCGAGGAAACAAAUGCUGCCCAGUUUGCCCAGAGUGUAGAGGAUGCUCUGUUGGACAUGAGAGCUCUCCUCGAACACACAGCUGCACCCAAGCAGUGAUCCCGCUCAGCAGCCUGGUGUUGUGUUUGUGUCCCGCUUGGCUGAAUGGAAGCUGGAAGUGAACUGAGGUGGCACAGUGCCACCGUGGUGUGAGUGCACAGUGUUGUGAGUGAGGACAGGCCUGUCGAGGACGGCUUCUGCGACCUAAAAUGUGACUGAGAUGCCAAAUCUUCAUCAAGGAGAUUCUAUAUUUUAAUAUGUUGUUAUACAUUAUACAAAUGUAUAUUAAAAACAUUAUAUAAACAU